AUGCAGCCGGUUUCUUUUGGAGCCCUCCCAAGUGCUGCUCAGGAAGAAAAGAUCUACUCAAGGUUAUUUCUGGCCAAGCAUUCUGACUCUUCAAUGCAAGGACCCAAGGGUUUUGGGCAGUUCUGGCCCUGCAGUGCCAUGGAUUUCCAAGUUACCUCAGCAGUGCUCAUGAGCCUUCAGGCCCAAGUCUGGUGGUACACUCAGAAGGCAGAAAGAGGUAAACCUCAGGCAGACCACACAAUCAAACAAGGUGCACAGUUCCUGCACCAGCACCAUGGACAGGGUUCUUAUGGACAGACUGAAGUGGUGAUCCAGCAGCAAGAAGAUCUUACAGUGGGAGCUGAACCGAAGAUAAGAGCAUCUUCUGCCAACUUUGGCCAAGUUUCAGAUUUGCCUUCUCAACAUUACCUUCCCAGCUGUAAGAGUGGGUGGUCUGCAUCAGAUGACCCCAACUGCUAUCUGGUUUGGCUCCUGAGCCUCUUCUAUGCCCCCUCUAGCUCAGCCUCGCAGUAUCAUGAGCUAUGUGAUAGGGGACAUGCACAGUUCACCGACGCGGUGGUGUCCUGGCUGAACAACAACUCCCGAGGUCUCGUCUUCUUGCUCUGGGGCUCCUACACCCAGAAGAAGGGCAGUGCCAUCGACAGGAAGCAGCACCAUGUGCUACAGACGGCCCACCCCUCCCCGCUGUCCGUGUACCGGGGCUUCUUUGGGUGUAGACAUUUAUCUAAAGCCAAUGAGCUGCUGCAGAAGUCUGGCAAGGAGCCUGUCGACUGGAAGGCACUGUGA